AUGAAUAAAGGCGGGAAUUCCAAAAAGCGACCUCCUCCGUCGAAUACCCCACCGGCGGGGAAGCAUCGCGCCACGGGUAAUCCGACCCCGUCUCCGGCCGUCGGAACCCUAGAAGACGAAUUCGUGGACGAGGAUGUGUUCAUGGACGAAGAGGACGAGGCAUCCCUAAUCCUCCGGGAUAUCGAGGAGCGUGAAGCGGUUUCCGCACGGUCCUCGACUUGGGCUCGACCUCCUCUCUCACCCGCUUAUCUCUCCAAUUCCCAGAGUAUCAUUUUCCAGCAAUUGGAGAUUGACUAUGUGAUUAAGGAGAGUCAUAAGGAACUGUUACCGGGUUCCUCAGGGCAAGCUGCAAUCAUCAGAAUUUUCGGGGUAACUAGAGAAGGUCAUAGUGUGUGUUGCUAUGUUCAUGGGUUUGAGCCCUACUUUUACAUUGCUUGCCCUCCUGGAAUGGGACCAGACGAUAUCUCUCGUUUCCAUCAGAGUCUUGAGGGAAGGAUGAGGGAAUCGAAUAAAAAUGCCAACGUUCCGAAAUUUGUUCGUCAUAUAGAAAUGGUGCAAAAGAGAAGCAUUAUGUACUACCAACAGCAAAAAUCCCAACCUUUUCUGAAGAUUACAGUUGCACUGCCGACUAUGGUUGCUAGCUGUCGCGGGAUCCUUGAUAGAGGCAUACAAAUUGAUGGAUUGGGUAUGAGGAGCUUCCAAACAUACGAGAGCAAUAUUGUCUUUGCUCUCCGUUUCAUGGUUGAUCGUGAUAUUGUUGGAGGGAAUUGGAUUGAAGUGCCUGCUGGGAAAUAUAAGAAGGAUGCAAGAACUUUGUCAUACUGCCAAUUGGAGUUCCAUUGCUUAUACUCAGAUUUGAUCAGUCAUGCUGCAGAAGGUGAAUACUCAAAAAUGGCUCCAUUCCGUGUGCUAAGUUUCGAUAUUGAGUGUGCAGGUCGUAAAGGACACUUUCCAGAGGCUAAGCAUGAUCCUGUGAUCCAGAUAGCGAACCUUGUAACUAAUCAGGGAGAGGAUCAACCAUUUGUACGCAAUGUCAUGACUCUUAAAUCAUGUGCUCCAAUAGUAGGCGUAGAUGUCAUGUCUUUCGAAACAGAAAGAGAGGUUUUACUAGCUUGGAGGAACUUUAUUCGUGAUGUUGAUCCGGAUAUCAUCAUUGGCUAUAACAUCUGCAAAUUCGAUCUACCUUAUCUGAUUGAGAGAGCUGCAACACUGGGAAUAGAGGAAUUUCCUCUUCUUGGUCGUAUAAAGAAUAGUAGGGUCCGAAUGAGGGACUCAACCUUUUCAUCAAGACAACAAGGAACAAGGGAGAGCAAAGAGACCACAAUUGAAGGACGAUUUCAGUUUGACCUUUUUCAGGCAAUACAUAGAGACUACAAAUUAAGUUCCUACUCGCUGAAUUCUGUCUCAGCUCACUUUCUUUCAGAACAGAAAGAGGAUGUCCACCAUUCUAUUAUAACCGAUCUCCAGAAUGGGAAUUCGGAAACCAGGAGGCGUCUUGCUGUUUAUUGUUUGAAGGAUGCAUAUCUUCCUCAGAGGCUUCUGGACAAACUGAUGUUUAUAUAUAACUAUGUCGAAAUGGCUCGUGUAACUGGUGUCCCUAUAUCCUUUCUUCUUGCUAGAGGACAGAGUAUUAAGGUUCUAUCUCAGCUUCUUAGGAAAGCUAAACAAAAGAACCUGGUUCUUCCGAAUGCUAAACAGUCGGGGUCUGAACAAGGAACUUAUGAAGGCGCAACUGUUUUAGAAGCAAGAACAGGUUUCUAUGAAAAGCCAGUUGCAACUCUGGAUUUUGCUUCAUUGUAUCCGUCAAUUAUGAUGGCAUAUAAUUUGUGCUACUGCACCUUGGUGACACCUGAAGAUGUAGUCAAACUGAAUCUUCCACCUGAGCAAAUCAAUAGAACUCCAUCAGGGGAAACUUUUGUUAAACAAAGUUUACAAAAGGGCAUACUUCCAGAAAUUCUUGAAGAGCUUCUCAGUGCCCGUAAAAGAGCUAAAGCAGAUUUAAAGGAGGCUAAGGAUCCGCUUGUGAAGGCUGUUUUAGAUGGUAGACAGUUGGCCUUGAAGAUUAGCGCAAAUUCUGUAUAUGGGUUUACGGGAGCCACUAUUGGGCAGUUACCUUGCUUAGAGAUAUCCUCAAGUGUAACCAGCUAUGGUCGCCAGAUGAUUGAACAAACGAAGAAAUUUGUGGAAGAUAAAUUCACAACAUUGGGAGGGUAUGAAUACAAUGCAGAGGUUAUUUAUGGAGACACGGAUUCAGUCAUGGUGCAAUUUGGAGUAUCGGAUGUAGAAGCUGCGAUGAACUUGGGGAGGGAAGCUGCAGAAUAUAUUAGCGGAACUUUUAUCAAACCCAUCAAAUUGGAGUUCGAGAAAGUCUAUUUCCCAUAUCUGCUGAUUAACAAGAAGAGAUAUGCUGGUUUGUUGUGGACAAAUCCACAAAAGUUUGACAAAAUGGACACCAAAGGAAUCGAGACAGUGAGAAGGGAUAAUUGUUUACUGGUUAAGAACCUUGUGACUGAGAGUCUUCACAAGAUACUUAUUGAUAGAGAUGUUCCAGGCGCAGCUGAGUAUGUUAAGAAUACAAUUUCAGAUCUUCUCAUGAACCGUAUUGACUUAUCACUUUUGGUGAUUACUAAGGGUCUAACUAAGACGGGAGAUAAUUAUGAAAAUAAAUCAGCUCAUGGUGAACUUGCUGAACGCAUGCGUAAGAGAGAUGCUGCUACAGCACCAAAUGUUGGGGAUAGGGUACCGUAUGUUAUUGUUAAAGCUAUUAAAGGUGCCAAGGGUUAUGAACGGUCAGAAGAUCCGAUCUACGUGCUUCAGAACAACAUUUCUAUCGACCCACAUUACUACUUGGAGAAUCAGAUUAGCAAGCCGCUUCUUAGGAUUUUUGAGCCAGUCUUGAAAAAUGCCAGCAAGGAACUUCUCCAAGGAAGCCACAUGAGGUCAAUAUCAAUCGCUACUCCUUCAAUCAACGAGGGGAUAAUGAAAUAUGCCAAGAAACAGUUGAGCUGUGUUGGAUGCAAAUCUCUAAUCAGCAAUGGAAAAACACUAUGCUCAGGUUGCAAAGGAAGAGAAGCCGAGCUAUAUUGCAAGAAUGUGUCUCAGGUGUCAGACCUAGAGGAGCUCUUUGGGAGGCUGUGGACUCAGUGUCAGGAAUGUCAAGGCUCUCUUCACCAAGAUGUCUUGUGCACCAGUCGAGAUUGUCCAAUAUUUUACCGGAGAAUGAAAGCACAAAAAGAUAUGGCUGUGGCCAAGCAACAACUCGAGCGUUGGAACUUCUAA